AUAAAUACGGUAAUGGUGCUAAGAGCAAAGAUUACAGUUGCCGCCGGAAGAGAAAAUGGCCGUUGUGUUUGGCUGAGCUUCAGCUAAAACCAUGGUGUAAACUGUAAACGAUGAGAGGAAGUAGAAGCCCUAGAACUUCAACUUCACUUCUCUGCCAUGGUGGAGUUCCCCAAAUAUAUCUCUCCUAAGCAACUUCUGAAACUACUCAAAGCCGAAAAGAAUCCUCACACAGCACUCGCACUCUUCUACUCAGCGAGUCGCGACCCGAGUUUCGCUCACUCCUCCACCAUCUUCCACCACGUCCUCCGCCGUUUGGUUGACCCGAGGCUCGUCAGUCACGUGGGUCGGGUCGUUGAACUGAUUAAAACCCAGAAAUGCAAGUGCCCUGAAGAUGUUGCAUUGACAGUGAUUAAGGCCUAUGCUAAAAGCUCCAUGGCUGAUCAAGCAGUGGAUGUGUUUCAGCGAAUGGAGGAGAUAUUUGGGUGUCAACCUGAAAUAAGGUCGUAUAACUCUUUGCUUAAUGCUUUCGUCGAGUCAAACGAUUGGGAUCGAGCUGAGUCGUUUUUUUCGUCGUUUGAGGCACAUGGGGUAACUCCUGAUUUACGAACUUAUAAUAUUUUAGUUAAAAUUUCUUGUAAGAAACGGCAGUUUGAGAAGGCUAAGAUGUUGUUGAAUUGGUUGUGGGAUAAUGGUUUCGAACCCGAUGUGUUCAGCUAUGGUACUUUGAUCAAUGCCCUUGCGAAAAAUGGGAACUUGCAUGAUGCUUUGGAGGUGUUUGAUGAAAUGUCUCAAAGAGAGGUUGACCCUGAUGUUAUGUGUUAUAAUAUUUUGAUUCAUGGGUUGUUUAGAAAAGGUGACUAUGAGAAGGCUAAUGAGAUUUGGGAGAGGUUGUUGGAAGCGUCUACAGUUUAUCCAAAUGCAGCUACUUAUAAUGUUAUGAUUAAUGGUUUGUGCAAAUGUGGGAAGUUCAAUGAGAGUUUCGAAAUAUGGAAUAGGAUGAAGAAGAACGAGAGGGAGCAGGACUUGUUUACUUACAGUUCAAUGAUUCAUGGGUUGUGCGAAGCUCAUUAUGUAGAUGGUGCUGAGAAAGUUUACAAAGAGAUGGUUGAGAGUGGUGUGUUGCCUGAUGUUGUGACCAAUAAUGCAAUGCUCAACGGGUUUUGUCGAGCGGGAAGGAUUAAAGAGUGCUUUGAGUUGUGGGAGGUUAUGGGUAGGAGUGGUUGUCGAAAUGUUGUGAGUUAUAACAUAUUACUCAAAGGAUUGUUUGAGAAUGGAAAUGUGGAAGAAGCUAUUUUAAUUUGGGAACAUUUGCUUGAGAAGGGUCGUGUCCCAGAUUCCACAACUUAUGGUGUAUUAGUUCAUGGAUUAUGUAGUAAUGGAUACUUGGACAAGGCUUUAUGUAUAUUGAAAGAGGCAGAAGAAAGGGGACGUGAUCUAGACAUGUUUGCAUAUUCCUCAUUGAUAAACGGGCUGUGCAAACAAAGAAGAUUGGAUGAAGCAGCCAUAGUUGUUGAUCAAAUAGGUCAACGUGGCUAUAAAGUGAACUCUUAUGUGUGUAAUUCAUUGAUUGGUGGAUUUGUCCGAGCAUCCAAACUCGAAGCUGCAAUUUGCUUUUUCCAAGAAAUGAGCAACAAGGGUUGCUCUCCUACAGUUGUCUCAUACAAUAUUCUCAUAAAUGGUUUGUGCAAAGCAGAAAGAUUUAGUGAUGCAUACAAUUUCGUUAAGGAAAUGCUUGUAAAGGGGUGGGAGCCAGAUAUGGUCACGUAUAGCUUGUUGAUGGAUGGCCUUUGUCAGGGCCGAAAAAUUGAUAUGGCUCUCAACUUGUGGCAGCAAGUUCGCGACAAAGGUUUGAAGCCUGAUCUAACUAUGCACAACAUUAUAAUUCAUGGUCUUUGCUCUGCGGGCAAGGUGGAAAAUGCUCUGGAACUCUAUUUUCAGAUGAGGCAGGGUGACUGCAUUCCAAAUCUUGUGACACACAACACCCUCAUGGAGGGUUUUUUCAAAGCCAGAGAUUGUAAUAAGGCAUCAGGGAUAUGGGCUCGCAUUUUAAAACACGGGCUGCAGCCAGAUAUUAUAUCAUAUAAUAUUACUUUCAAGGGGCUUUGCUCUUGCAAUAGACUAUCAGAUGCUAUUAUAUAUUUGGAAGAUGCUUUGAGUCAUGGCAUUCUUCCUACUGCCAUAACAUGGAACAUUCUUGUCAGAGCGGUACUCAACAGUGGGGAUAUGACUUAAUCCUAGAACUAUCAUGGAUGAUCUGCUGUUUUGAAUGCAUUCAUGCAGAAAAGAUAACGUAGGUGUUAUAGGUAUAAUUUAUUAUUCCAUUCAUAUCUUACAUUUGUAAAUUUACACAUACUUCAUAUAGGAGCGGAAUAUAACCAGCGUUUUAUAUCAUUAGAGAAGUUGUUGCUUUAGCUUUAAUGGUGAUAAAAUUUGGCCAGCAAUUGUAUACAUCUUUUUAGCUUCUGUCAAUAGUUUUAAUGCUGGAAGAACUGUUGCUUUUGUUACGAGUAAUGUCUCACAAGUUAAGAUGAAGAACAUAAAAUUGUCUUCUUAUACUCGAUAAAGAUUGGAACCUUGAACACGAAGAAAUAUUGGGGUUGAACAUUCUGUCCUCCGGAAUCAAGACUACCAACCUGACAAAAAAAAAAAAAAGAAUCACUUGUUGGGUAACCUGAAUACCAAUUUCAAAUUAUUAUUGGCCAGUUCGGAUUCUUGUUCUUUCUAGACAAAUAUAUGAAGCACUCCUGGAAAGCGUUUGUUGGGUAACCUGAAUGCCAACUUUGAAUUAUUAGUGGCAUAGUAAAUUCAAUUCUGGGCCAUUUACAUUUUUGUGGAGCACUCCUGGAAAACCUGGCAAUAGCAUUGUUUGGCAGUAGAAAACUAUAAAUAUUUGUGAGUCAUAAAAGAAAAAGCAAAACUAUUGGAUGUGCUUUUUCUGCUGAAAUGCCAAUGCAAUGGUGAGAUACUUUAAUAUUGCAUCUUUUUUCCUUUUUCUCUUUUGUGCUUUUUGCUUUUUUUUGCCUCAUUCUAAUAACUUUCUAGAUGUAUCAUCCUUUUGAUUUUAGUCUUGUUAGCUUGACUAGGCAGAUUUGUUACAUAGAUUAUGCUUUGUAAAUUCAAAGAAUGUAAUGAUAUAUCUGCAUCUAUCAACAGUUAUAUUAGUUUGAUAACUUUAACAACUAUAUCAGGAUCCAUUGAUCUAGAAAUAUGGACAAGCAUCGGAUGACUGCUAACUUUAAUGGUUUUGGUGAUUUUCAGUCAUAUCACCAUGAUCAGCUACUAAGAUGAUGCAAAAGCAAAAUAGCUUGAUAUAUUAUGCCUAAGUAAUGAGUUUUUUACUUGGGUUUAUUGGUCAUGCUACAUUCCUCCUAACUGUUGCGGUCAAAACUUAUAAACACUGCUCCAUUAGGGAUGUACGGACGUAACUUUUUAUUUAUUUAUUUUAUAUUUUGUUGGUCCUGACAAUAAAUUGUGCUCAUAGAUGGCCUAACUAUCAUUUUCAUUGGAAGCUUGUUAGCAAUAAUAUGCAGAUUUGUUUACAUAUUUUAUGUUUCUUCAAUACAAAAGAAUAUAGGUGCAUUCAUUGACUGUCAAAGCUAUAUUUACAUAGUUCAUGCAGGAGAGAUGAAUAUAUGACUAUAGAUGCAUUCAUAUGGACUGUUCAAGCUAUCUUAAUUUGAUAGCUUUACAGUGAUCACAUAGAGAAAUUUGGACAAGCAUCAAAUGGAACUAAUUUACAAAGGUUUAUGGUGAUUUCAGUCAUAUCACCAUGACCAGCUAUUUUGAUGAUGCAAAAGCAAAGUGUCUUGAUAUAUCAAGCCCAAGUCAUUAGUUCUUACUUGGGUCUAUUAAUCAUGCUAUAUUCCUCCGACCACAAUUUGGGGGGGCUUAAACUUAAAAUUUCUGUUUUGGGAUGUUACAGUUACUUUUUCUUUUCCUCCGACUUAGUUUUUCCUGUUUUAUUUGUAUCUGACAAUAUACUCUGCUCAUAGAUGACUUGUGAAAUCAAACCUGCUAAAAUAGCCGCAAGAACUGCGGCUUUUCGCCAAUCAGACGAAGUAGAGAUGAUAGAAUCAGCAAUUGCAAUGCCUACCAACCCAAUCAAACCGAGGUAAAUGUUUCUCCUAAUCUUUGACUCAGCACUUUGUUUCGUAACCUGUUUAAUCUUUCUCAUUUCCUCC